AUGGCAGAAAAAAAUUACAGAUUAGAUCCGAUCUUUCAAUUAUAUGAUCCAAUUCGUUAUUCGUUUAAUAAGAAAAAAGAGGAUUACAUUAUCAUAUCACCAACCGUUGGCUCUAGGUCUCAACUAAAUGAUGGGGAUGCGAUUUCAAAAUCAAAGACGGAACUCCCAAUGAGUGUACUACAAACCAACACAACGUUAGAAAACAAUUUCUUCCCAUCUUUAUUUACUGAAAUGGUUUUGGAAGCUGGUUCAAAUCCCAUAGAAACCAUUAAACACCCUGGGGAAUUUGACACAAUGUUGAAAACAGUUCUAUAUCCCAAAAACUACGAUUCAGUCUUAGGCUUGAUACCCGAUGUUGGUGAUGAAAGAGUUUUAAAAGAACUGGUAAGAAAUGUUCCAAAUGAUGCAAAUGAAGAUAGAAUGAGAGCUUUUGCUCGAAACACAAUAGAAAGAGUAGGACGAGCAGAUUUGGAAAGAAUUGACAAGAGUGUAAAAGAAGGUGGAUUUUUACCUUUCCUACCUUUAAUAUUUGCUGGUCUGGCCGCAGCAGAAGCGACAGCUGGUGGGGGGGCUGGGAUAACACAAGCCAUCAACGCCAAGAAAGCAGCUGAUGCUGAAAAAAGUGAAAAACGUAGACAUAAUAUGGAAAUGGAAAAGAUAGCACAAGGUUCGGGAGUAGCAGAUAUAUUAGGGACAGUUAAAGAAUUUGGCAAUCGAUUUAGUGAAGAAACCAAGAAAACUGUUAAAGAGGGAUUACGUAAUCUAAUAGAUAAAAUCGACACCGGAGAAAUGAAGCUUAAACAUAAGGGUAAUGCCAUAGUUUUUAAAAACAAACAUUCUUUCAAAGUAUAA